CCGCGGGUUUGGGCGCCAAGUCCGAAGCUUAGCGGUUCAGUCAGGCGAGGCGGUCCACCGGGCGAGGUACUGAGGUUCCUGAAUCCUUUCUCCAUCUGAUACAACUUUGCCCACCAUCCUCCACAACAGUGUGUUCCGAAGCAGGCUGCCUCCUAGAGUAUCUCCAUCCUUUGCAGGGCCAAACUUUAAAGAUGCUGCAUAUGACAGAGGUUUUGGAUAUCUUGACGAAUUCCCAGCUCAUUCAUCUACAUGAGCAAAAAGAGAAUCCAGAAGUUAUCUCCAUAAGAAACCCAGGGGCUCUGAAAGUUUUUCAUCAAAAGUUUAGGCAUUUUCAGUACCUGUCAGUGACUGGGCCUCACCAAGCUCUGAGCCAGAUACAAGAUCUCUGCUGGCAAUGGCUGCAGCCGGAGACCCACACCAAGGAGCAGAUGAUGGAGCAACUGGUGCUGGAGCAGUUUUUGAACACCCUGCCAGAGGAGGUUCAGACCUGGGUGAGGUCAAAACAGCCCAAGAGCAGCAAGGAAGCAGGAAACCUGGUGGCAAACUUGAUCCAGGCAUGUGAGGAGAAAGGUGUCUUUGCUCAGGACUCUCUCCAUGCAGAACAGAGAAACACUGAAGAACACCAAAAGGAGGCUGCAGAGAAGUGUGACAGUGUGCCAUCCGCUAGAUCGCAGUGUCUGCGUGAAGGAUCCCACAUGAAGAUGCCCACAGGGACCCCUGAGGAGUUGGUGACUUUCAAGGAUGUGGCUGUGGACUUCAGUCCAGAGGAAUUAACCUACCUUAGUUCUGCUCAGAGGAACCUCUACCGGGAGGUGAUGCUGGAGAAUUACAGGAACCUGGUCUCCCUAGGGUACCAGUUCCCUAAGCCUGACAUCAUCUCCUGGCUGGAAGAGGAGGAGGCAUGGGCAGAGGAGGAAGACAGCAGGACCACGCUACGUCAAGAUUGGGAGAAAAAACCUGAAGCCAAAGAUGUAACUCCAGAGCCAAGCCUGCCUAUAGAAAAAUCUCCCUCGGGGGCAGGAAUGGGGGAUUCAGAGGCAGGUAACUUCCCGUGUGUACAGGAGUCCUCUGAUGAUCCAUCAGAUGUGCACCAGGCCAACCAAGAGAAACUUUUGGCUCCUAUAGCAGUGAGUGACCCCCGGUGUCUGGAUCAGGAAAGAAGCCGUGGUGGUGAUCAGUUUGAGAGAAGCUCAGAUCUUACCAAACAAUCAGAGAUUCUUCUAGCAAAGGACCCCCAGGAACAUGCUGCUCCUGGAAUUUGCACCAGUCCGCAGCUGGUGGACAGAGGGUCUCUCCUCCGAGAGACCAAACAUAGCGAAUGUGAACUUUGUGGAAGAGGCUUUGGGACCCAGUCGGCCUGCGAGAGAAAUGAGCAGGUCCACAGUGAGGAGAAGCCCUUGGAACGCCAACCAAGCGGAGCAGCCUUCUCCCUCGCCAGACUCCAGCAGGCUCAUUCGGGGGCGAAGUGCCCUGGACGCAGCGAAGGCGGAAAGCCAUUCGCCCCGCAUGCCGACGUCUGUGGCCACCUCAGAGUUCACCGUCAGGAGGACUACUAUGAAUGUGUCCAGUGCGGCAGAGCUUUUAUCCAAGAUGUGCAUCUUUUUCAACAUCUCAAAGCCCAUGAGGCAGCAAAAGCCCUCCCACCUGGGUUGCCCCGCAACAAGCCCCAUUUGAUUAGAUACCAGCGGAAACAUGACUAUGUCGGGGAGAGAGCCUGUCAGUGUUGUGACUGUGGCAAAGCCUUCAGUCGGCGUUCACAUCUCAUUCAGCACUAUCGCAUCCAUGCUCAAGAAAGGCCUUACCAGUGUCAGCUGUGUGGGAAGUGCUUCGGCCGACCCUCCUACCUCACUCAACACUACCAACUCCAUUCUCAAGAGAAGACCGUUGAGUGCAGUUACUCCUGAAAAACCUCCAGUCAGAACGUUCUCAACAUCUUUGGCUUUCUCCUGUAGAGAGACCCUUUCAGUGCUCUGAAUGUGAGGUCUCCCAUCAUUCCUCACACCUUGUUAACAACUUGGGAAUUCAUCAGGGUGUGGUCAGAAGGCAGCAAAUGAUUGCAAGAGGGUAGAAUAGUCUUCUUGCAAAAGGAGUCACUCAGGCAGAAAACCUUACAGAGAAUAUUUUUGUUGCAUAGGAAAGAAACUAAUGGAUUUUGUCCUUCUUUGGUGGUGUCCUUAAUUUUGACAUCCUGAUAAAAAGCUGGUGACUGGCAGUUGGGCUCCAGACAGGAAUUCUGUUGCCUAAGUUUGUGUAGAAGUGUUUACAUGUAGUAUCUUUACCGCACGGGAGGUUAUCAGCCUAGGCCUUGGUAAAGAGAUCUGUGACGUGUCCCUGUAUGGAUUUAUCCAGAAGUAAUCGGGAAUAUGUUUACAUAGUAACUCAGAGCUUACAAAACAUUGCCAUACAUAUUACUUGAUGUUUUAAGGAAUGCUGCAGUAUACCUAGGGUGAGGAAAUUUAUUGUUUUUAUAAUUAUAGCCAACUUGAAACUCCAGGUUGUCAUUUGAUUUGACCUAGGGUGUCAGUGAUGGGGCAAGAACUGAACCUAGGUUUGGUUUGGUUUUGAGAAUCAAUGAGAUGUUUAUUUUCUACCUUCAUGCUCAACCUAGAUUUUUCUUUUUUUAAAUUCCUGCCAUAUCCUCUUUAAGAAAAGGUACAGUACUGUACUUACUGACAAGAGUCGUCUUCCCAACGUGGUUUCACAUGAAAUCAGAUCAGGAUCAGCGGUUCAGAAAGCUUUGUUAAGGCGAAGUUCUGUUAGCCGUUUCUCUCAUGAUUUAGGAUGAGGUGAUGAAUUUUUGAGACACUGAUCAGGGAGGUACAUUUUUGCUAAGCGCUUUCUUAUAAUUAGUCUUGUAGAUUAUGAUGCUGCUAUUGAUCAAGGAGAGUUUUUUCAUAGCUUUCUGUAAUUGUUUGAGGGUUUACGGUGUAUUAUUUUCAUUUGUUCCCCUCCUUCCUUUAAAACAAUCCUGUUUGAAAACAGUAUUUCUGCUUUUCUUGGGUUCUUGCGUCAUCAACACAGCCAUCUUCACCUGAAAUCCUAAUUCUCUUCUGGACAUGCUUCACUCUUUAAAAGGUAAGCCUCGAGUUGCACUAAAAACCUCUUAGGUGCCAUAUUGCUGUAAUGUAGAACUUUUCCAUUGCUGGCUUGAACGGUGGUCCAAUGCAAAGACGCCUGGGAACCAGCUGGACUGAGAGUCCCAGAGCCUGACUUCUUGCCGGGAAGGGUGGGUCGUUGCUCUUGUUAUUCACUGCCCUGCCUUUUCUCCACACAGUCCACCCUCCAAUCAGAAAUUGCUUUCUGAUCCUGCCGCCCCUACCACAGAGGGACAUAAUGUCGAUAUGUCUUAUUGUUGAUGAUGUUUGUUAAAUUUUAUUUUUUCCUCUCUGUAAUUAAUAAACAUCGUACAGGAAAAACUUAGAGACUGUUAAAGUAUCUGGUUUCUCCUCAAAAGUUUGCCUGUUCUAGCACCUAGCAAGUGGAUCUUACCUAUAGCAUUUUCCCUCUGAUUAUUGUAAUGGUGAUUUUUUAUUUCCCUCGUUCCUUCUGCAUUUAGUAAUUGGAGUUCUCCUGUGAGGAUGAGUGGCCUUCCUUGUUUAUUCAGUAAUUUAUUUAUGUCAUUAUGGAUUCCUGAAUACUUAUUUCAUCUAUGGGCUGUAAUUAAUGCCUCCCCUAUUUAUUUCUGUAUGAAUUGUUCCAGCUCUGGGCCCUGGGAGUCCUUCCAAGUUGGCUCCUGUGCCUUUUCAACAAGAUCCCAUCCUUUUCUGAUCACUUCUAAUGUCACACCCUCCUUAAUUUCUCUCCCUUCACCUCCAGAAAAACUGUGUCAUGCCUUCAUGAUAAUUUCUACCCAUCAUUAUCUUGUGGAAUCUUCUUUCCGCAGGGUCAUAGGUUUCCUCAGGCCUUUGUCAAGCUCUCACUUCACUUCUUCCCUCACCAUUUUUGCUAAGUAUACACUGUACCUGGAUUAUUAUUUAUGUAACAUAUCGUCUUUCAAAUUGUGUCAUCUUUUUCUUAACUUAAAUAUAUCUACUUAAAAAGGAGAGUUUUAAAUCAACUUGAAAAAGCAUUUUACUCAGACCUUCAUCAGAUUUCCCCAGUCAUUUCCAAUAUGUCGUUUUACAGUUGGUUUGAAUCCAGAUCCAAACAUGGCCCAUGGAUUGCAUUUGGUUGUGUGAUUUCUUGAGUCUCUCUUAAUCUAAAGCAAUCUCCUUUCACUUUUUUUAAAUGCCUCCUGUGACCCCAAGAAUAAUGUAAAUAUAUUACCCUCUUCUCCCCACCCAAUUCCUAAUAUACCCAACACUUUUGAUACUUUUUUUUUUUUU